CAACAAAUAUCAUCAACUUUUAACUAUUAAAUUCAUAAAAUGAAUAAUAUAUUACUUUUUUAUUAAUUAAAUUCAAUAAAAUGAUGUUAUUUUGCUUAGAAUGCGUAAGUCGAUCAUACCGGUGGUAUCAUGUCGGUUUCAUGACCGGCACAGGUUGAACCAGGUUCAACCAGGUGGCAUGCCACCGGCAUGACAACCAUGUUUUAGACCGAUAAGUGCUGCGUUGGUGGUGGUUAGUUGGAUUGUUAGGGAAGUCAUCCCUAAUGUUUUGGGGUAUUUGUGGUUUCAUUAGAAAGGGUUCAUAUUUUAUUUUCCCACAAAGAAAGGGCAUAUGGAAGGGAAAAAAAAUACAAGAAAAUUAUUGUAAUAACUUGUUUUUUAAGUAAAAUGAAUAAUUAUCAGCGGUUCAGAUUCAUUGCAUAUAAUUUAUGACGUGAAAAUAAUGACGGUAAAUAUAUAGUUGAGAUGAAAUUCCUUAUCAUUGGUCUUUUUUUUUAUCUAACUUCCGCUUCUUUGGUUCUAGGCCAGUGCGGAUUAAAAAUCUAAUUUUGAACGAGGCUAUGAUGAUGAUGAGAAGGAAUUCCUUUCAUGCGUGCAAUGAAGUCUAUUGUCGUUGGAUGAAAUUCGGUCUCUCAAAAUCCCUUUAUCGUUUUACGAUACAGAAAUGUCUCUCCCCUUAUAGAAUUGAGCCUAGAAUUUAAUUUACGAGUUACCCACACCUAAGUCCACCUAAGGAAAGUCAUCCCAAUUAAAAUUUGUAGCAUAAGUAAUUAGCUCUAGGUCCACUUUACGUACUUAGCCCACACCUUUGGCCCAUCCAUAAGACCCAUUGUUUGGCUAUCAUCCUUAAUAGUUAACACAAACACAUAAGGCUUUCCUAGAUAAAAAUUUCGAGUAUUCUAAAAUCAUCUAGGUUUUCUUUCUUUCAUUUAGUACACAGCGGCUCGUAAUAGCAUAAUUUUCUGCUCAAAUUAUCGAGCGAUUUUGUGAAUUAUGGCAAAGCAUUGUUUUCGACUUAAGAGACUCGUGAAAUUCUUUGAGUAACUAGUCGACAUUCCUUAUCUCAAGAACAACAGGAAUUAUGAUUGGGAGGCGCUAGUAAAAAGCGUAUACCAUAACAAAAAUAAAAAAAUAUUAUGUCUUAAACUCGUUCACUGCACGAUGAAAUAGUAUCUUAUUUUCCAGAAUAAUUUGCAGUAUCACUGACACCGAUCAGACUCGUUUAUGUUUCGUGUGUCGUUUCCCCCAUUGCUCACCAGCUUGUGAAGCGUUCUGUGGAGAGGUCUCCCCCUGCACAUGAUCACACAUGAAAAGCUAAGAUCAUCAUCACCACCAAUGCACAUGACUCAAACGUGCUAACUUGAACUUCCAAUCCUUUUCGAGAAAGGAAAAGCCUAAACACAGGGGAGAGGCAGAGCUCUCGAUCAAUCAUUUUUUUUAGUUUGUUCUCCUCUGCCUAAUGGCUUCGUUGAGUUGUUCGUUUCACUGAUUUCGUUAUCUUAUUAAACUCGACUCGAAUCAGUAACAACUAACCAGCUCUGUCAACGGUUAGAAUAAGCAGAGAAAACGAAAUUCACCGAUCAAUCUUGAAUGAAAUCGAGACCCUUUUUUGAAUUCACGAAGUCAGGUUUCGUAGAGAAGUGAAAAAGCACUUUCCCUAAUCCAAGGCUUUUCCUUUUUCUUCAUUCUUUUGCUUGCUUGCGAAUCCCCCAACCCCCAAUAACACCUCCUUUCUUUCUCCUUCUUAUUGUUAAGAUGGGUGAUCAAAUUGAUAAGAAAAGCAAGAAGCUUGGUUACUGGAAGGAAGCCAUGGGAUUGCAGCAGCAGCACCAUCUUCGUCCCAAGAAGGACGAACAGAGCCAUUUCCAUAAGAAGCAGAAGUUUUUAUUAGAUGGUCAUGAGGAUGAGUUCGUGGUCUCGAAAUCGAAGAGAAUCACACCGAGACCAAGCGCCAAGCUUCUCUCUUUAAUAUUCCUCUCCUUCCUCUGCUUCUUCAUCAUCCUUUCCCCUUACUGCUUCCCCGCCGUAGAUUCAUCCAGUUCUUUGGCGGGUAUUGAGUUUGAUCCUCCGAUAUCUUCUUCUCCUCCUCCCGAAGAUUCAGUCGAUUAUAUCACCGGCAAUACUGACGCAGAUGCUCCGUUAUCGUCUUCCACGUUGAAUUACUCGUUCGAUUCUUAUCCUAUGAUCGACACGAAUUCGAGUGUUCCUUUGCCUUCUUUCGCGCUUAAUGAUUCAUCUGAUUCUCCACUUGAUAAGAACUCGAGUGCUCCUAUGCCUUCUUCUACCUCUAUCACACGUUCACUCGAGUUCCCUACUGAUAAGAAUUCAAGCGCUCCUCAACCUUCUUCCGCUCGUAAUGCGCUUCCAUUCGAGUCACAUAACGAUACAAAUUCGAGUUCUCCUCUACCUUUUCCCGCUCGUAAUGAAACCAUAUGGUGUGACAGAAGCGGAUUCCGUUCAGACAUCUGUUUCAUGAGAGGAGACAUCAGAACUCAAUCCACCACGUCCUCCGUCAUAUUAUACACCUCAUCCAACACAACAACGACGGCCGCCGCCGCCGCCGGCGGCGGAGACAAAGAACCAAACACAACCCAACACGAGAAAAUCAGACCCUACACCCGAAAAUGGGAGACGAGCGUGAUGAACACCAUCGACGAGCUCCACCUCAUAUCCACACCAAAGGAAAACCACCAACCACUCCUCCAUUGUGACGUCACCUACGACGUCCCCGCCGUGUUCUUCUCCACCGGAGGGUACACCGGCAACGUCUACCACGAGUUCAACGACGGGCUCAUCCCUCUCUACAUCACGUCCCACCACUUCAACAAGCGGGUCGUCUUCUUCAUCCUCGAGUACCACACCUGGUGGAUCUCCAAGUACGCCGAUAUCCUCUCCGAGAUGUCCGAUUACCCGGCCGUCGAUUUCUCCGGCGACAACAGGACCCAUUAUUGCUUCCCCGAGGCCAUCGUGGGGCUGAGAAUCCACGACGAGCUCACCAUCGAGCCAGCCCUCUUACAGGGGACCAAGGAAAGUUGCCUAAUCUCUGCGUUAAUAAUUCUAAUACUAAUACGGAAAUUACUUUAACUUCUACGUGUUUUUUAUAAAAAAAAAUUUAUAAUAAUUGUGUCAAAUUACA